AUGGGAAUCAUAUUCGAAGUGUGUUUGUUUCCAGUGUUCUUGAGAGUUGCUGAUCCAACUUGGGUUAUUUUAUUGAUAAAGGUGUGGCAACUGCCGCAAAGGUGGUCCGGAAGGGUUGGUCUGGUUUUUAUGUCAAAUCUUACUUUUGGUCAUAUGUAUGUCAAAGCAUACCCGCAAGAAAAGGUUGGGGUGUUUGUGCGGCGCGGGAAGGGUGGGCCUCUCGCUAUGGUUGAGUACUCUGAGUUGGACCAGUUACUGUCUAGUGCCAUUAAUCAGCAGACUGGCCGCCUUCGCUUCUGUUGGAGCAACGUUUGCCUGCACAUGUUCUCUUUAGAUUUUCUGAAUCAAGUGGCAAAUGUCUGGGGACUGAUCUUGAAAGCAUUACCAUGUGAGUGCAUCUAUUAUCUUGCUGAGAAAAAAAUCCCAUCAAUCCAGGGGCAAUCAUUAGGGUACAAGCUGGAGCAAUUUAUAUUUGAUGCAUUUCCUUAUGCACCUUCUACAGCUCUGUUUGAGGUACUACGUGAAGAGGAAUUUGCACCCGUGAAAAAUGCCAAUGGGUCUAAUUUUGACACUCCAGACAGUGCCAGACUGUUGCUUCUCCGUCUCCACGCUCGUUGGGUUGUUGCAGCCGGGGGUUUCUUGACUCAUUCAGUGCCCUUAUACGCGACUGGUGUGGAGGUCUCACUCCUCUGUUCAUAUGCUGGUGAAAACUUGGAAGCCAUUUGUCGUGGAAGAACAUUUCACGCUCCCUGUGAAAUCUCAUUUUAG